AAAAUUCUGUCGACUCAUCCGCCAUCUUGAAUUGAAAGAAAAAAUUGUUUGAAAGAUCACGUUAAAUUCGCGAGUUACUAGCGUUAAUUUAUAAUGCCUGGACCAGAGGAACCGAUCACUAAAGUGGUCGUCCAUCCGAUUGUGUUGUUAAGUGUUGUGGAUCACUUUUACAGAAUGGGAAAAGUUGGAAACCAGAAAAGAGUUGUUGGAGUAUUGUUAGGCUCAAGGCGAAAAGGUGUUCUUGAUGUCGCAAAUAGCUUUGCUGGUGAGAAUCAAAGCUUGGCAUAAGUUUUAGAAUACGUAACCGGGGUUAAUACUUAUCGUUGGGCCGAGAUAUAUCUUUAUGUUGCUCUUCUAACCGUGUCAGAAUAUGAUUGUCACGAAAAUAGCGAAAUAGAGACUGAUUUAACGCACGUGUACGCUUUCAUCUAAGUAAAAAUCAUCCCGGCUCUGUCGGUGAUUGAACGUUUGGUAAUUGAUUUUCUUAAAAGUAAAUGUGUAGUAAGCAGGAAUCUUACUUUUUUUCUCUUCUUUCUUAUUCAUGGCAGUUCCAUUUGAUGAAGAUGAGAAAGAUCCAAGUGUUUGGUUCUUAGACCAUGAUUAUUUAGAGAACAUGUAUGGAAUGUUUAAGAAAGUUAAUGGUAUGUGUCGUACUGAUUGUGUAUCUACAAAGUUUGUAUGUUCAAACCUUAAUAUGCAGGGCUCGAAAUUGCGUCUGAUACGGUCGCCAAUGCUACUAACAUUUUAUUUUUCUCCUUGGCGACUAAAAAUUCUGGUUUGGUCGCCAAAGUGGCGACCAGAUUUCUCUAUGAUUUAUAUUUAAAUUAAAAAAGUAAAGUUAAAACAAAUAAUUCAUGUGCCAAAUCCCAUAAACAUAGCCAGUUAUCAGUAACCUUCAAAUUUAUACUGACUUCUGUCCAUGAUAUUUUCAAACAAUCAAAUCUUGUGGAUCACGCCAAACUAUGAGCUGCGUCGUUUACAUUAUAUAAACUGGUAUCUAAAAAUUUGUAUCUGGCGACUAUAUUUCUCCAGUUGGUCGCCAAAAGGCGACCUGAGGAUUUUUUUAACUUCGAGCUCUGAUACGGGCACCAAAGGGACAGACCAAGCUGUCUGCGUUAUGAGGGUGUCUGCAUUACAGUAAAGGUUGGAACCCUCAGGAGGCACACAACUUCUCCAUAGUAAACUGUUACAAGAUUAGCUCAGUUGCUAGAACGCUUGACUGCAAAGCGGGAUGUUGUGGGUUUAAUCCCGGGGGCCACUGUGUUUACCCUGCAAAUGCCUAGACAUUUGAUAGCUUUUUUUGGCAAUGUAAAAUGCCUUUCCUGUCUUAGGAGACAUAAAAACAGCAUCCUUUAUUAGUAUUUGUGUAAAAUACACUGACACUCAAAAAAGUGCAUUUUUUAUAGUAGAGAGGAACCCAUAUUUGGAGUUGUCCAAAUGGACUUCGUUCUUUUGAACAUUGUUAAAGGUUGAAAAGAAUGCCCAGAAUUUUUUUUGUAAUCUUUGUUAUAUUUUUUUAGCUCGAGAGAGAAUUGUUGGAUGGUAUCACACUGGUCCCAAACUACACCAGAAUGAUGUUAAAGUCAAUGAGCUUAUCCGAAGAUACUGUUCAAACUCUGUAAGUUUGUAAAAGUAUAAUUUUUUUGACUGUCAAUUUGAAGUUGAUUGUGACAUAUAUCUUAAUGAGACAUUUUUUUUUCUAGGUGCUUGUUAUUAUUGAUGCAAAGCCUAAGGAUCUUGGUUUACCUACAGACGCUUAUGUCGCAGUGGAAGAAGUACAUGAUGUAAGACACUAAAUCUCAAUGUGUAACAUAGUGAAAAAGUUUUGUGAAGAAAAAAAAUCUGCAAGUAUUUUUAGUCAAAAUACAAGAAUGAGACAAAACUAGGAAUAUCAUCUUAAGAUAUAUUGUUUCAUUUUACUUACCUGGAAAUCUGAGGAUCAAGCCCAAAACUUAGUUGUGACAACUUUAUUCUUCAGGCUGCCAUUAAAUUUGCUGACCAGUUAGGCCAUGAAAAUACACCUUACUGACCCUGGGCAAUGGGACAACACUUUUGUUACACCUCAAUACAGUAGUCCUAAAGGACAUAUUCUAAACACUUUCACUGGAGGAGAAGUUUUGACCUUCCAGGUGCUGAUCAGAUAGUCUCACCACUGAACUAUAUCAGACUUGAAGGUGAUGUUACACAAGACUGUUGGGAAUGACGAUUUUUAGUGCAACACAGUAGCAAUAUUGUUUUGACAUUGCUUUGAAUAGUUACAACAUUGUUCCAACAUUGCAACGAUGUGGUUCUCUAAAAAUCAUCCUUGCAAAUAGUCCCGUGCAUUAUCACCUUACGGGAUGGUUAUAUACAGGGCUGUCACUAAGAGCUGGGGGCCGGAGAUUUUCUUUAGCUACUAUGAGCAAGAGCCGCGGUUAAUCUUAUAGGAAACAAAAAGAAAAUAAAGUCAAAAGUACUUCCUUGCUGUACAAUUCUCCUCCUACUAAACACAUAUACCUGGCAACUUGAAAUUUUAGUGACAGCCCUGCAUAUUCCUCUUUUCUAGCCAAAGAGAACAGGCUGGACCAUAUUUUCAAUUUACACUGUUGUGUUGAAGUUUUUCGUGCAUUUCCUUUCUUAGGAUGGAACCCCUACAACAAAGACAUUUGAACAUAUUGCAAGUGAGAUUGGCGCUGAGGAGGCUGAGGAAGUUGGUGUUGAGCAUUUACUUAGGUAGUUAACUGAGCCCCUAUAAACACUGACAAGAGUAAACAAAAUAAUAGUAAUCAACAACCAUUGAUUAGAGACCUCUUUCAUAUCUCCUAUUAUAUGCUUGAUAUUUAGCCAUUCUGACCUCAUUUCAAAGUAAGAAUUCUUUUGCAUUUCUCACAUGCUAACAAGGCGUAUAAAAUUAUCGUACAUAUUAUUAAAAGAAUAUAUUAAUAGGCCACCAUUAUGAAAGAGGUCUAUUAUUUACCCUCAGCAUCAUUUUUUUAAAAUUUCGUUUUGCUUAUUCAGUAAUUCUAAUUCUAAUUAUUCUAUCUCAAGGCAGAGUGCCCAAGAUUUUCUUGUUGUUAUAAACUUGCUGGCCAUUUGGGUAAAACUCUAGAGGAACUCUGCUAAAAAGAUAAUAUUUCCUUGCCUUGAGUAUACAUUCUCUUUUCUCAGCCUGCACCCAUAAUUAAAAAGUAAGUGGGUUAUUGUCUUAAAUGCUUUUUAUAAAGGUUACGUGGUCACAUUUUAUUUUCAUUGAUGUUAGGGAUAUCAAGAACCUUACUGCUGGAACGCUUUCCCAGCGCAUCACGAAUCAACUCCUGUCACUCAAAGGCCUCAAUUCACGUCUUCAAGACAUCAGAGAUUAUCUGGAUAAAGUUGCCACUGGCAAGCUACCUGUUAAUCACACCAUCAUAUAUCAGCUACAAGAUGUGUUUAAUCUGUUACCUAACUUAAAUCUGGAGGAAUUUGUGAAGUCCUUAUCCGUGAAAACAAAUGAUCAGAUGUUAGUGGUGUAUGUGGCGUCGUUAGUGCGGGCUGUGAUUGCGCUCCACAACUUGAUUAACAAUAAAGUGGCCAACAGGGAUGCGGAGAGAGAUGAGGCUGGAAAGAAAGAGGAGAAGAGUAAAGAAAAGGACAAAGACAAAGAGAAAGACAAGGAUACGAAAGAUAAGAAUGCUGAAGACAAAGAGAAGUCAGAAAAGACAAAGACUGAGGACUCUAAGAAAUCUUGAAUGUAGUAUUUAUAGAACUAUACGCCCUUCUUGCUUGUCAUUUGUUAUUUUGUAAAAUAAAAUGUUGCAUCCUUCGAAAAACAUUCUAUAUUCUUGCAGAAUUGAUUUUGUUUUGUCAAUACUGUGUUGUUUAUCCCUUUAAGUCCCAAGAGUGACCAACAUCAAUUUUCUCCCAACAAUAUCAAUACAAAAUCAAGAGAAAAAGGUUGUGAGAAUUAAUGAAAUAAUCACCAAAGAGAAAAUACUUUGAUCUUCUUCCAAAUUCUCUCAACUCAUUCUUCAUGGAAGUGUAUAGAGGCCAGUUUGGAGAAUUUGUAUGUGGAUAUUGGGGCUUAAAGGGUUAUUCAUAAUAUUUUGACCUGUCUUGUUCCUUUACCAUGGUUUUGCAACAUCUAUUACUGACUGGUGGUAUUAACCUGUAAAAAAGUCUACUAAAUGAGCAGAAUGGUUUUAUCAGGUUUGAGCAUGACACUCAUUAAACAUUAAUAUUGCCUUUGUAUUUUUUAAUGAACUUUCUUGUCUCAAUAUCCCAC